CCUGCCCGCCCCGAGGGCUCCGGGAGCCGCUGCGGCCCCGCUGGGCGCGGAGCGGGCGGUGCCGGGCGCUCCCCGGGGCUGGAGGCGGCUCCAGGUGCGGGCAGGGCCGGGGGUGCGGCCCCCGCCCGGCCCCCUCUGGCGGAGGCGUCGCUCGGGCGGUAGCCGAAGCCAAGUGACACGAUUGUGGUCUGUCCCGGCCGCCCCCCCCCCUCCGGCGGGGCAGUCUUCUCUGCGGCUUUGUUGUGUUUUCGAUCGGGAGCGUGUGGGCUGCUGCUGGCAGCUACAGGAUGAAGUCGCCUCCCUGCUGCAUGUCUCUUUCUUCCCAAGCGUCCCUGGAGGAACCAGAGAGCAGCACGUCCCUGGGCUCCCUGGACUCCAGUGUUUUCUCGAGUGAGGAAGAGCAGGGACCCCUGCUCCAGAAGGGCAUUCCCUCCUUGGACCGCUUUACUAUCAAUGUAGGAGGCAGCCGCUUCGUGAUGUCCCAGCAAACUUUGUCGUGCUACCCUGACACCCGUCUCGGCAAACUGGCCGUGGUGGUCUCUGCUGCCCGGGAUGUGGCCUCUGGCCUCCUUGAGCUUUGUGAUGAUGCCGACCUCGUGGAGAAUGAAUAUUUCUUCGAUCGGAGCUCACAGGCAUUUCACUAUAUCCUGAAUUACUACCAGACCGGGAGGCUGCACGUGAUGGAGCAGCUUUGUGCGCUCUCCUUCCUUCAAGAGAUCCAGUACUGGGGACUGGAUGAGCUCAGCAUCGAUUCCUGCUGCAGAGAUCGGUACUUCAGGAGGAAGGAGCUGAGUGAAGCCUUAGACAUCAAGAAAGAUGCAGAAGAACUGGAUGCCCAAGAUGAAGAAGAGGACUUUUCUGGUAGCCUCUGUCCCAAUGUCAGACAGAAACUUUGGGAAGUUUUGGAAAAGCCUGGCUCCUCUGCAGCAGCCAGGACUUUUGGCACUUUGUCUAUGGCUUUUGUUGUGGUGUCCAUUGCCAACAUGGCUUUGAUUUCAGUAGAGCUAAGCUGGCUGGCACCACCACUACUGGAUGCCCUAGAGUACCUGUGCAUUGCGUGGUUCACUGUGGAGUUCGUUCUGAGGUUCCUGUGUGCUCGGGAUCGGUGUCGCUUCCUAAGGAAUGUGGCAAACAUCAUAGACCUCCUUGCUAUUUUGCCUUUCUACAUUACCCUGCUGGUGGAGAGUCUGUGUGGCGGGGAGAGCUCCCAAGAACUGGAAAAUGUGGGACGCAUUGUCCAAGUACUUAGACUGCUCAGAGCCCUGCGGAUGUUGAAGCUGGGAAGACAUUCAACAGGCUUGCGGUCUCUUGGGAUGACUAUCGCACAGUGCUACGAGGAGGUUGGCCUUCUGCUGCUUUUCCUCUCUGUAGGAAUCUCUAUAUUUUCUACUGUGGAGUACUUUGUUGAGCAAGGCGUGCCAGGCACAACUUUUACAAGCGUACCUGGUGCUUGGUGGUGGGCAACAACUUCCAUGACAACUGUUGGUUAUGGUGACAUUAGACCAGACACUACCAUUGGUAAGGUAGUGGCCUUUAUGUGUAUACUAUCAGGAAUACUGGUUUUGGCUUUGCCAAUUGCUAUAAUAAAUGACCGUUUUUCUGCCUGUUACUUUACACUGAAGAUAAAAGAAGCUGCUCUUCGUCAGCGUGAAGCAUUAAAGAAACUCAUGAAGAACUCAUCCAGCGACUCAAAUAUCAAUGUUAAUUUGCGAGACAUAUAUGCACGCAGUGUCAUGGACAUGUUACGGUUAAAAAGUAGAGAGAGAGCAAGCACAAGGAGCAGUGGAGCAGAUGAUUUUUGGUUUUGACUUUUAAGUUACUUAGUCUUGUAUAGCAAAUAGACUACUUGAAAAAUGUAGUAUUAAUCAUCUCUUUUUUAAUUAGUAUAUUUGUUUUCCCAGAUGGAGUUUUACUUACUUGGACAGAGAUAACCACUGUAUGCGAAAGGCAGAAUUCGUAAUAUGGAGUCUCUCAAGGGGUUCUCAAACUUACUUUUGGAACUGGGUGGUAGUGGAUGAGAGCAUAAAUAAUGAGGUCCAUCAAAGUAAAACAGUGAUGCAAACAUUUGUAUAUGAAUCUUAUGGUCUUGCUAAUGUAUAAUAAUAAAGUUUUAGUCAAAAUUGCCAUGAUGUUUUGAAUUUUAAGGAACCAUAAUAUUUGUGUUUGCACUGCAAGAAAAUAGUUAAAGACAUUAAGAAAAUGUGAAAAGGGAAGUCAAAGGGCGUGAAAUGUUAAAUAAAUUUAUGAUGACAUUCCCAUAACAAUCUUAAUUUGACCCCCUUCCUUAUUACUAUCUUUUACUUCAUUUGGAUGAAAAAGAGGCUCCUAGAGCCAGUGGGGAGAAUUUCCUCAUCUGAAGAGAAGCAAAGGGCUACCAGCUGCAUGAUGGGUAUCAGGAGACAGGUGAAAGUAUUAAGCAGAUGCAAGAUCUGCAGUAAAGUAUAAAAUAGUCAUGAAAUGGGUGCCAGAAUUCAGAGUGCGCUCUAAAUAUUGUUCUAUAAGUUGCAGGAGCUAAUACAACCUUUGCAUAAUAGAAGUAAUUUACAAACUUAGUUUGAACCAUGCCUUCUCCUUGUGUUUUGAUUCCCAUAGCUUAUUUGUGUACCUAAGCAGUAUUUGCACUCAAGUAAAUUCACCAGUGGGUAUCAGAAGAAACAAAAGUGGUAAAAGAUAACAAGGCACUCAUUUCUCUAUCUCCCAUUAAAACCCACAGGUAUUCCAAGUGGGUUUGAUUUUUUUAAAAAGUUAAUAAUUUUUACUGACCCUUUUUUAGAAAAAUCCAUCGUCAAAAUCUUUUGUUCCAAAGGAAAAAUGAGCACUUGUUAGACAGGAUGCUUAGUCUAACACAUUAAUACAAGCAGAAAACUAAAAUAAUCUAAGUUUCCAGCUACACGUCUGCAUUGGUCCAAUGUCAUUUUUGGCAAACAAAGGGGGUUUUUAAUGUAAUUUCACUGUCCUAGUCUAUGACAUUCCCACUGUAUGCAUAUAACUCAAUUAGUAGCUUAAAUUAAAAAAUAUCUGUUUUCAUGUUUCUUUUGCACAAUUUAAGUGCAAACAUCAUACACAAUGGACAUUAAUUCAACACUGACUGAAAAGAAACAUCUGUUAACUCUGGAUUAUUAAAUUUUACAAGGUAUUUAUGUAUAGAGAAAGCUUAAACUGCCUUUGAGGAUAUGUGAAUGGGUGAAAUAGCUUGCUUUUAAUAAACAUUGAAUAAUA